AAAAUAUAAUUUUAAAUAAUAAUUGGAAAAGACCGAAAUCGCUAUCAAUAUAAUAAUUAGAUUUUUAUCUUAAUAAUUUAAAACAAAAUAAUUGCUGUUAAUUUAAUAAAUGAACAACCCCCUAUUAAUGAACAGAUACCCGGCCAUAGAGUAUGCGCACAUAUUUCCGGAUUACGCCGACGGGUGGUAUAUCAGGUCAGCCAAAUUGGACCCAAACCACAGUAAGACAGGUAUUUAUUUGGACUACAAAUACCUGCAGACGUGUUUGGAGGGCAAGAGGGGCACCGAAAUGGCGAUGUUUUUGCCGUUGAAAGCCGUCGAGAGGACAGUACUCCGGGACCGACCC